CAGAUUAUGAAUCUGGAUCAACAGCCAAAAAGUGUGUAUAUUUCAACCUAUAUGACAUCUAGUUCUUGUCAAUUGAACUACAAUUUUCAGGAAAUGAUUGAGAUAAACUUCAUUGAAUAGAGAGAGAUUCAUCAUUGUUCCUGCGGCGAAAACGACUAGGACUACUUACUAGUGAAUGAGGUUAUCGCACUUACCAAUUGGGCGUUCGCCAAAUUCAUUUGCCAAGGUUCUGAUCACACAUUCUUGGGCAAUUAAAUCAGGAACGCUUAGCGACAUUUAUAUUGCCAAUAAUAUUCUUUGUGGGUACUCAAGACGUCAAGAAUCUUGGCUUGCUCACAAACUGUUCGACGAAAUGUCUCAGAGAGACAGUGUCUCUUGGAACACGAUGAUCGCUGGCAAUGUAAACCGUGGGAACUUCGAGAACGCGUGGGAAUUCUUUAAAAACAUGAAAAAAUGUGGAUUUGAGCUUGAUGGUUAUACAUUUGGAAGCUUACUUAAGGGGGUUGCUUCUGCUCACCAAUGGAGUAUUGGGCAGCAGGUUCAUUCCAUGAUAGUUAAAAUGGGUUAUGCUGAAAAUGUUUAUUGUGGAAGUGCUCUUUUGGACAUGUAUGCCAAGUGUGGUAGAGUUGAGGACGCAUUUCUGGUGCUUGAAGGCAUGCCAGAACGCAAUCCUGUCUCAUGGAAUGCACUAAUUUCCGGUUAUGUUCAACUGGGUGAUCGAGAUACUGCUUUUUUGUUGUUUGCUUGCAUGGAACAGGAAGGCUUGAAGAUUGAGGACGGAACAAUCGCUCCGCUCUUGACGUUGCUUGAUGAUGCCGAGUUUUACUUGUCCACAAUGCAAAUGCAUGGCAAAGCUAUAAAACAUGGUCUGGAAUUUGAGAACAAAGUCUGCAAUGCCACAAUCACUUCAUACUCGGAAUGUGGUUCUAUAGCGGAUGCUAAGAAAGUAUUUGAUGGUUCUUUUGGAACUAGAGAUUUGGUGACGUGGAAUUCGAUGUUAGGGGCAUAUUUGGUACACAAUAAAGAAGAAUGUGCGUUCAAUCUUUUUAUAGACAUGCAAAGAUUUGGGUUUGAACCAGACAUUUAUAGUUAUACUAGCAUCAUAAGUGCUUGUUUUGAAGAAGAACAUAAGAAGCAUGGAAAAUCUCUCCAUGGUUUGAUAAUAAAAAGGGGACUAGAACAAUCAGUCCCAGUAUGUAAUGCUUUGAUAGCCAUGUAUCUUAAGUCGAAUACUAGAUCCAUGGUCGAACCGCUAAGUAUCUUUGAAUCCAUGGAGUUCAAGGACCGAGUUUCAUGGAACUCAAUUUUGACUGGUUUAUCACAAGUUGGACUCAGUGAAGAUGCCUUAAAAUUCUUUGGGCAUAUGCAAUUUGCAAUUUUAGAGAUUGAUCACUACAGUUUCUCAGCUGUCCUCAGGUCUUGCGCAGAUUUAGCAACUCUCCAAUUAGGCCAACAGGUUCAUGUCUUGGCAAUUAAAUCUGGCCUCAACUCUAAUGAGUUCGUCGUCAGCUCUUUGAUCUUCAUGUAUGCUAAGUGCGGUAUUAUUGAGGACGCAAGGAAAUCUUUCGAAGAGAACCCCAAAGACAGCUCAAUCACUUGGAAUUCAAUCAUUUUCGCGUAUGCUCAACACGGGCAGGGUUACAUUGCACUAGACUUCUUCUCCCAAAUGAAAAUGAGGGAAGAAGUGAAACUAGAUCACAUAACUUUUGUUGCAGUGUUGACUGCUUGCAGUCAUAUGGGUUUGGUUGAAGAAGGCUGCAAACUAUUAAAAUCCAUGGAAUUCAAACAUGGAAUACCCCCACGAGUGGAGCAUUACGCUUGUGCAGUUGACAUGUACGGACGAGCUGGGCGUUUGGACGAGGCAAAAGCCUUAGUUGAAUCAAUGCCAUUUGAACCGGACGCAAUGGUGUGGAAGACGUUAUUGAGUGCCUGUAGGGCUUGUGGAAACAUUGAAUUCGCUAGUCAGGUGGCUAGCCAUCUGCUGGAUGUGGAGCCAGAAGAGCACUGCACUUAUGUCAUCCUCUCCGAUCUGUACAGGCUCCUUAGGCGUUGGGAUGAAAGCGCUAGUGUAAAGAGGCUUAUGAGGCAAAGGGGUGUGAAAAAAGUCCCUGGUUGGAGUUGGAUAGAAAUCAAGAACGAAGUGCAUGCUUUCAAAGCUGAAGAUCGUUUACACCCGAAUUCUGAUGAUAUAUAUUUUCUACUUGGAGUGUUUAUGGAUGAAAUCAGAAGGCUAGAUGACGUUGAUGAUUUAGAAGUUUUCAUGUAUUCACUUGGAUAACGUGAAUGGAUUUUUGUUUCACAUUUGUUAUCCGAGUGUGGAUGCCAUAGAAGGCCCUUAAUUUGCUGGUGUUGGCUGCAUAGCUGACAGUACAAAGAGACUUCCUCAAAUACACCAAAUUUUGUUUCACAUUUACAAACGUUGUGAAUAUGAAAUUGUUAGUAAU